GCAUUACUAGGGCUAGCUAGCUACCCCCUGUCCUCAGCUCCGUUAUUUGACACACUCAGACUCACUCACUUUCAAGGGUUAAGCGCCCAGAAAUGGAUGGGGGAUAUUCCAAGAUCAAUAUCAUUCACUGCCAAAACUCAAGAUCCAUGGAUUUUUCAGAUCUUGGAUCCAAAACACAGUCAGAAAGCAAUCUAGAGAUCAAGGACAAGCUCGACUACACCAGUUCCAACAAACAAGAAGACGAUGAGAUGCAGCAUCAAGAGAGGAAGUUUGGUAAUGGUAAUGGUAGUCAUGUGGUAUUGAAAAGGAACUGCUCAGUCUCUUCUUCGUCUUCUGGGUUUCAAACUGCAGUGAAAGGAGUAAUAUCGUCAAUGAGAAGAUCUUCCUCUACAGUUUCAGAAAGGUAUUCCAGGAUUCAUGACCAGUCUGUAACAUGCGUUGACCAUCAUGAUGGGGAAGAAGAAGGUGAUUGGGGGACAACAACAAGAUCUAAUAGGAAGAGGCAUAAUGGAGGCAAGAUCCUUAAAGCCUGUGAAGUAUACAAAAGGACGUUCUUAAAUUCCUCACCAACACAAGUACAGCAGAAUAGGGUAGGAAUCGGUCAUUAUGACAACCCCAAACAGAAGGCAAGAUCCAACAGAAAAAAAAAAAUCCGUAGCUAUCAAAGCUCUGAAAUGAACUGA